GCAAUGUAUUUGAAGGUCCUCGCCCGCGAGACAUCCAUUAUCGAGGAGGGACUGUUCGGCCUCCGGGGGAACACUGGAAUUAGUGAGAGAUUCCGAAGACUGGGAGGGAGAAUUGGGUGCCUGACCGCUCGGGCCGGCUUUUCCCCUUGAAGAACGACAGAUCAAAACCAUGUCUUCCUCGUCUGAAGAGAAGUAUCUGGACAUAAAAGAGGAAAAAGGGGGUUGUAAAUACCUCAAAGAAGAGAAGCCUGGAUGAUUUCUAGAGAGACAAAGCUAGCAACAAGUCAAUGAUUGAAGAAGCAGCAGAAAAUGAUGAGGUACCAGCUUCCCCAUAUUUAUAUAGAGGGAUCACCGUCCUGGGACCAAACCCAGGAGGGACACGUGGCAGGAGCUAAAUGGGCUACCUCGGAGGUCGCAGAAACAUGCCGAACGAACGAACGAGUGAUUCCUCUGGGUAAUUCAACAGCUAACAGAAUGUCUCGAACGGCUGUAUAAGGCCAGAAAAAAUACCAGUUCCAAAGGACUCGGAAGCUCAUCAACAGAUUUUAAUACGAGAUUUCUGUCCAAUGAUAUAGUCAGGGACCCUGAACGGGUUAAGCCUGACAUGAAGGGCGACCAGUCAAACAUCCCCCCAGCAGAAGGAUCAAGAUCCCGGCCGAGAUCCCUAAUUAUGGGGAGGUGGAUGGAACCUACUGCUAAUCCAGGAGUCUUGAAACGAAAGGCUAAUCCCGAACGGGUUGUCACCAGAUGAGAGAUUACAGUACAGGGGCCCUGCUUGAAUCAUAUGCGAUUCGGGAACCCUGAAUGGGACGAAGUUAGUAUGAAAAAUUGCUAAGUCCAAAAUGUUGCGUUGGGGAGUUCGAACGGCCAAAUGAAAGGUAAAGGGAAAGAAUAAAAAUGAAUCAUGCAAGAAACUAAAGAAAGGACAGAUAAACAAAAAAGUAUUUUACUCCUCGGCACUGCUGACCGGAAUUUAUAUUAAGGAUUGAAUGAGCAAAAGAGACAGGUGGAUACACAAAAUUAUAAAAAUAAAACUACUGGCCGGCAUCCUGUCCUUCGGAUUCAUCAUCAUCGCCUUCGCCAUCGGUCUCAUCAUUAGUCGGGGGAUCAGGCUCCCUGCCUACAGCCCGGUCAGCCUCCCUCUGUAAGUUGCGGUGAAAUUUGUCAAACUUGGCCAGGAGGACCUUAUCCUCAGAAAAUUCCUUAAUCUCGAUCGGCCGACCAACAAGUUUCUCAAUGAUGGGCACCAUGCCCUCCAUAACCCGUUGACAGUCGGAGAUAUAAGUGUCCUUGGCUAGAGCGUUGACCCAUUUCAUACCAACCGCAGUUUCGUCGGUCAGCUUUACCCCCUCUUCAAGGCGAGCCGGGCCCGGGGGGAGCUGUUCCAGACGCUUCCCGAACAGCCCCCCCGCCUGUGCUAAUCCAUGCUCUUCGACAGCUUUCAUAAAAUCCCUAGAGGAUCGGAAUUCAUCAAGUGCUGAUGCCCGAACGACAGAUAAAUCAACAAAUAUUUCCCGAGGACCGUCCGAGAUCUGAGGUUCGUUUUCCUUAAAAAUAACUUGAGCGGUCUCAGCAGCAUGAACCUUAGACUGAGCGGUGGCAAGGCCCACCCGGAGUUGGCCAAGCUCAGCUUCGAACUUCUUCUCCUCUUGAUCAGCUGCCUAAAGCACUUCAGCAGUAGCCUGCUCAGCAGACAUCCGAGCCCUAAUCAACUCCUCCUCUCUUUCCAACUGAGCAAGCUGGAGCUGAACACUAUAGUAGUCGGCCUGCAGGACAAAACAGUUAUUUACCGAACGACAUGAAAGACAAACAAAGAAACGAACGAUGGGAAUUUACCUUAAGAGUGGCAAGGGCGACCCCUGUCUCAGCCUGCUUGACUGACAGCUUCGGGAGGUGGUAAUCAUUCAUCAUGGCGAAGGUACUUCAGACCCGAGCAGGAUGGCAUCCACCUUGUUCUAUGAUCGCAUGGAUAGGGUCCUCCAUCAAAAUUGGCUCCACAGGCUUGGAAACAGAGGCCUGUCCGACCCCAACGUUGAGAGCGCCGAACGAACCUGAGGCAUCAUUAAAAAGAGGGUUGGUGCCAUGGGAGCAAAAGUUGAGAGCAUAUCUCUCCUGGGAAAUUUUCCCCAGCUCUUUUGCGUAAAGAGAUCAAUGGGUCUGUAAGAUUUCGUUGGGUUUAAUCUGUUCGAUGUUGCUGUUUCUUGGUUAGUUUUCUUCUCUAUUACCAGACCCCAGCUUGGAUUUGGUCUUAGAAGGUUAUAUGAGCCGGAAUAGCGCAAGAACGAUUGUUUUGACGGUGAUUUUACUGUUCACGGAAAACUGAGUUUUCUGUGCGAUUUUGGAUUUUCGUGGUCGGAAUCCCAUCCUCUUUUCGUUUCCGCACUCGGUUACGUAUUUUGAAUGGUGAUAUAAGACCUUAAAACCAAAAACCAGAUUCGUACUGAUUUGAAUUCAACGGGGUUGUUUAUAGCUAUGCGUUGGGAUUUCUGAUUUAGUGCUUGGGGGUUUUUCUUCGUACUGUGGUGCAGCGUCUGACUGAUUGUGGAGGUUGGGGGUAGUGGAAGCUCGGUCUGCGGCUACUGUCCCCUGUGACCCCUUUUUUGGUCCAGCUUCUGUAACAAUGGGGAGGAAGAAACAUAGUGGUGCUGGUCCGAACUCAACAACGAAACUGACCAGGUCUUCUCCCAGGUUUUCGGUGCUGGAUGGAACAGAUGAAGAGUUCCCUGAACUCUCCUCAGCAAUGAACACGUCUGGGAAGAAAACUGAUUGUCAACAGCCUAUCACAAUUGAGAUACCUGGGGAAACAAGGAACAAAACAGAACCUGUGCUGAAGAUAAAGUCUGCUGCGGUUCCUUCUCCUGUAACGGCUACUGCUGCAUUACCAGUUAAUGAGGGCACUGAAGUUAAUGACUCCCAACUGCCUGGAAGUGAUGCCGCUGGACAAAUUGUAGAAAAAGUUGGACAGGGCACCAAAAAAUGGACAGAAUUGCUUUGUGACAACCGUGCUCCCUCCAAAGGUAUUAAAUUAAAAUACAUACCUUCGGUUGAUGAUUAUGUUGAUCUUUCAAAUUGUGUAUUACCUUCGAUGGUCUCUUUGUGGGGGUAUUGCCUUGUUGGAUGCUUUACAGGAAGGUUUCCCAGGCUAAAAGCGAUUUAUGGGUUAGUGAAACGUUGAGGUGUACAAUGUACGGUGAAACCCCAUGACAAAGGGUGGGUGGUUUUUAAAUUUAAAAACGAGCAAGACCGUACUAAGGUCUUCACCGAGGGUCCCUAAAAUCUCUAUGGUAGACUCCUUAUUUUGAAGAUGCUUUCCGAUGACUUCACUUUUGACGAUGAGGCAUUCCUAAAGGUGCCUAUUUGGGUUAAGUUCCCCAAUCUACCGCUGAAUUUAUGGAAUGAAGAGGCAAUGAGCAAGAUUGCAUCGAAGGUGGGUGUUCCUAUCACCACGGACAAGGUUACACAAGAGAUGACAAACUACCAUUUUGCAAGGGUUCUCAUUGAGGUGGACAUUACCAUGGCGCCUUGCCUCUCCUUUGCUAUCCGUUUGCCUUCGGGGAAAAUCAUUAAACAAUUGGUGGUGUACGAGACAUUCCCUAAUUUCUGUUUUCAUUGCAAAUCAUAUGGCCACCACCCCUUUAUUUGCAAACAAUUGGGAUGGAAAAAAAUUGAAAAAGAGGUGAUGAAGGAUGAUGGGAAAAACAUUGAGGAAAACAUUGAGGCUGCUUCCCUUGAGAUGGUGCACCACAAGCCCAAACCGAAGGGGAAGGAUGGGGACAAAGCGCAGCCUGAAGCUACUGCCCAGGGGGCAAACCCGACUGGGCCUGGCUCUAACCCGACCGGGUCCCUGGGACAGAAUGCAGGCCAGGUUUCUAAUGCUGCUUCGCAGACUGCCAACACUGUCCGGAAGCCUGUUUCAGACGCGAAAAAAACCCAGAAGAUUGCUGGGACCACGGAAGAGGAUGUCGAGGGGGUUGUGGAAGAUAUUGAGAGAAUAGUGACGGAGGAGAAGGACCUACAUCAGUAUGACGUUGUCAUUAAAUGUGAGGUAAUUAAAGAUAAGCUCAAGUUGUUUGUUAAACCUUUUAGGUUCGUGCAAACGAGUGUGAUUAGAGUUGAUACCUCGCUCCGGCUUACGGAUGAUCUGGAUAACAAAGGCCUUACUUUUACUGCCAAAUGUUUUGAGGAUUUACCGGGAGUGACUAAAAAGAAAGGAGAGGUUUGCUUUGACCCAAAGUUCACCACCCCUUUCCACAAGUUCCUUGGAGUUUAGAUUUGGGAUACCUAAUUAUGUUUGAGGUAGUGUGAUCUGUUUUGUUCUUAACUAUAGUUAGGCCCAAAUUCCGAUUCUGAUUUUGUUUGAGCAUUUGCUUUAGAGUUGUGGUAUCCCAUUUAUCGGGAUAUGCACUUUUGGUUGUACACAUUGACUUGUUAUUUUCUUUGGGUGUUAAUAUAUAUAUUUACAUUUCAUCCAAAAAAAAGAGGGUUGGUUUGCAAAUCCCCGAACUGCUGAUCUACCGACAUAUCAGUGAAGUUUACCUCCUCAAGAGGCACUUGUCGAAGUGGCUGAGGUUGCUAAACCUCAAGUUGGGCGGCCGAUUGGGUGGUCUCAGGGGCUGAGGUCCUGGCCUUCUUCUUGGACGGCUUCUUUUUCUUAGUCGCACCCAUUUCUUCAAGUCGACUCCUGUUCAUGACUGCUUUGAUAUUGGGAGCUAGAAAAAUAAAAAGAAAGGAAAAUGUUAGUAUCAAGCGGUCUUAGCGUGUGUGAAACAAGCAUGGUAUGUAAGUUUCUCGCAUGGUAGGACCGCCCAGGCCAUGGCACUUGGUUUUUAGUCAAGAAGUCCAGGAAUUCGGGCGGUACCUAUCCGGGCUCCCACAAGCCGAGCGGGGGUUAAGUAGUCUAUAAUGUCCAACGUCCUGGCCCUCUCCACAACGAUGAUCUUCUCUUCUAGCUCCUUAGAAAGGAAGGGCUCGGUGGAUUUGGGCGGAUACGCGUUUCACCUCUGUGGGAUAAGGCCGUCCGGGACGGAAACAAAAAAGAAUCGGUCUUUCCACCCCUUGAUGGAGGUAAGGUUCCCCUUGAAGAGAAUCUGCCUCGUUCGGGCACCCACUGCCAGGAAUCCGUCGGUUUGUUGGGGAGAGACCUUGAAGAAAUGAUGGAAGACGUCCAGAUCGGGCACCACAUCAACAUUCGUGCAACGACAAAUAAACCCAACAAUGACCCGAUAGGAAUUCAGCAUUAUUUAGGCCGGAACUACUUGGUAAUGAUUAAAGAGAGCCACAAAGAAGGGGUGCAACGAGAACCUUAACCCGGCCUUGACGGAAUUAAGAUGCACCACCACCAUUCCAGGGCGGUGGCGUAGGGGAUGGAGGCUAGCAUGAAGGAGAAAAUCAACCGGGUCAAGAAUUAGGGCAGGAAUCUGGGCUCUGAGUUUGGGCGAGAGUUUUUGCCUUUGAUUUUUAAUGGACCUCAAGUCCAGGUGGUGACGAGGGGUAUCGUCAGGAGGGCCUUUCUUCAUCACUGCUAUAUCAUCGCCGGAUUUCGCACUAUUGGAACCACCACCCGAAGUCUCACUAGAAGAAAUUAGGGAUUUCGGGAAAAGGCAGAGCUCUUGCAGAAUUCAGAAACCCGGGCCCAAGGGCCCAAAGUCAUACUUAUACCAAAAAGCAUCGAUUCGCGGACCAAUCCCAGGUGGACACGUAGCAAGGGACGCUCCAAGGGACACGUGUCGAACGGAGGCAAAACGUCAAGUAAUCAUGAUGGUUACAUGGGGAAUACAAACGAUAGCUGCCAAAGAGCUUCGAACCGUCAUGUCAUGGGCAGACAAGCACUAGCAAGGAACAUGAAUGGGAUCAUACCAAACGGCGGGAAACUUAGGUUUCUACAUCCUCAUGUCCCGAGCACGCUCAGAACAUCGGAAGUGGCGGACUUGUGAUGAGAUAUUAAGGACCGGCCCAAUAUACCGACCCAGAAUAUCCCUAAAGCCCUGACGCAAGGGAAGGUCCAGGGAAAAUCAUCAGACCCGAACGGCAAGCCCCGUUCGGCACAUCCCGAACGGGGUGUAAUUAACACUUGGGUAAUUAGCUUAUUCCUGAUUGGUGGCUUAGCUGGGUUAAUCCCGAACGAGAAUUGCUCAAGUAACCGACUGCAGUUAAUGUUGGAUCAUGGGGGCAUCAAGUGGCAUGGGAGGCAACCAAUCAUAUUAGAGCACCCCAUACCCCCAUCUAGUAUAAAUAUCAUCAUUUAAUUCAUUUGUAAGGGUUAGCAUUUAUUUACUCUCUAGCUCUAAUAGCAUUCUAGCUCUUGUAUUAGCCUUUGGACUUGAACAACCGUUCGGCCAUUUCUAUGUAAUUGUUAUUACUGCGUUAAAACAAGCUGAGUUAUUUGAUUACUUGAAUCAGAUUUUAUAUUUUCUUUUAUACACUUUACUGUAGCAAAUCACAUCCUAGAUCCAAGGUUGGUGUUGGGCCUUCAGGUCAUUCAGGAUUUAACCUCAAAAAGUGUGCACUAAUAGUAUUUAUGUUUUAAAUAGAAGAGGAUGUCGGUGCACUGUGGUCCUAGCAGGCGCCUAUUUUGCUAGAUAGUUAGGAAGGCAAGGAGGAGUCUCUUUGAAUAAUACUCCCUCCGUCCCAAAUUUAACUUCACAGUUUGACUUUCACACACUUUUAGGUAGAUUAAAUUUUUUGUUUGACUUUCCCAAAAUAGCCUCAAGGCUUGCGGCUACAAUAAUAAAGGGGAAAGGGCAGUAAUGAUCAGUAGUGAGAGGUAAAAAAAUUAAAUAUCAAUAUUUUUCAAUCCAAUCACACUCAUUACAUAUCACAUCAAACACUAUAACAACAUCUUUCUUCAUCUAAUCUAUUCUAAACACUUCUACACACUAAAAAUUCCCUUCAAUUUUUCGGCCAAAUCAUUUGAAGUUCCCUCCCAUUACACUCUAUUUAUAUCUAUUCUAUCUUUCUUCAUUUACUCCCACAACAACCAAAAAUGAGCAUUGAAGAGCCUGUACUUCCUGCAACUCCUCAUGGCAGCCACAACAACACAGCAACACAACUACAGCUUUCCUGCACCUUAAAUGCUCCUGCACGAACCAAAAAAUGGAAGAAGUUAACAAAUAAAGACAUAAGUAGGAUUGUUGAAAUUGUGUUAGCCAACCACAGUGAGGGGCGACUCCAGAGGGGUAUUUUUACAAAUACAACAUCACAUUUCAACAUUUCAAGAAGAACAGUUCAUGACUUGUGGAAAAAAGCAAAGCAACAAAUGGACCAAGGCAUGUCCAUCAAUGUUCAAAGCCUACAAAAGGGAAAUGUAGGCAGAAAAAGGGUAGCAAUUGACUUAGACUACAUAAAGGAUUACCCACUGCACAAGAGAAAGAACAUCAGGUCUUUAGGCUUUGCUAUGCAAGUUUCAAAGUCAACCGUGCACAGACUAGUGAAAGCUAAGCAAAUCAAAA